UAUUACCAACUCGACAAGUGGCAAACAGCAAUUUACUCUCCGACCACCAGGGAGCAGCAUUCACAUGAAAAUUAAUGCAGAAGAAGAAACACGGAAGUGCAUGUUUACGGCAACGUAAACAACCUUGUCAUCCAAGGAGUGAUUAAAAGCGGUUGUCUGCUGCCACCAUGCCAUACCUUGGCAACGAGGACAUGGUGAAGGACCUGAGGAGAGCUCUGUCCAACCCUCACGUCCAGUCGGAUCACCUGCGUUACAGGAACGCCAUCCUCAAAGUGAUUAAGCUGAUGUCACAAGGCGUGGAUGUGUCCAACCUGUUCAGCGAGAUGGUCAAAGCGUGUGCCACAGUUGACGUGGUCCAGAAGAAGCUGGUCUACGUCUUCCUGUGCUCCUAUGCCGCGUUGAACCCAGAGCUGUCACUGCUGGUCAUCAACACACUGAGGAAAGACUGCCAGGAUCCAAACCCCAUGGUGCGCAGCUUGGCCUUGAGGAACAUGACCAACCUGAGGUUACCCGGUCUGGUGGAGUACGUGGAGCAGCCUUUGUCAGCAGGACUGAGGGACAGAGCUGCCUGCGUGCGACGGGUUGCUGUGCUCGGCUGGGCCAAACUGCACAAUCUCCAACCCAAUUCUGAGACAGAUGCCUCAGUGGUGAAUGAGCUGUAUGGCCUUCUGAGGGACCCGGAUCCCAUCGUGAUGGUGAACUGCCUUCGAGCUCUGGAGGAGAUCCUUAAGGAGGAAGGCGGGGUCACCAUCAACAAACCCAUCGCUCAUCACCUUCUCAACAGGCUGAAGGAAUGUGACGUGUGGGGUCAGAGCGAGGUGCUGAAGAUCCUCCAGCGCUACCAGCCUCAUUCCGACGACGAGCUCUUUGACAUCCUCUCCCUGCUGGACUCCUCCUUAGUUAGCCCGCACCCUCCCGUGAUGGCCGCCACACUGAGCCUCUUCCUCAGCCUAUCUUCUGCCUUGCCUGCCGUCAGCUUGGCGGCCUUGGAACGAGUACAGGGCCCACUACUGGCCGCCUGUGGGAGUGCGUCCAGAGAGAUGAGGUUCACUGCGCUCUGCCACAUCCAGUUGCUGCUGCGGUCUGUCCCUGGCCUGAUGGGGGCGCACUACAAGCGUUUCUUCUGUGGCUAUGCUGAGCCAGCCUUUAUCAAGCAGAGGAAGAUGCAGGUGCUGGUCGAGCUGGUGAAUGAUGAGAAUGUAGCGAUGAUACUGGACGAGCUGAAGGAAUAUUGCACCGAUGUCAACACCGACACUGCCCAGGCCGCAAUAUCGGCUAUUGGUCGUAUUGGGAGGAGCUACAGUGACAGAUGUCUCAAAAUCCUCAUCGGCCUGCUUGGGCUCAAACAAGAGCACAUCACAUCCGCGGUGGUGCAGACGAUGCGAGAUCUGGUGUGGGUGUGUCCUCAGUGUAGUGAGACUGUGUGUUCUGCUUUGGAGGGGUGUGAGGAGACGCUACAGGACAGCCAGGGCAAGCAGGCCUUGCUGUGGUUCCUGGGAGCAUAUGGUGAUAGAGUCUCCAGCGCCCCCUACACACUGGAGGUGUUCAUUGACACUGUGAGGUGUGAGACGUCACCGGGGGUCAAGAUGGAGCUGCUGACCGCCUCUGUAAGGUUGUUUUUGUGCCGCCCUGCUGAGACGCAGGACAUGCUUGGAAGACUGCUGCACUACUGUAUAGAUGAGGAGACUGACAUGUGCGUGCGCGAUCAGGCGCUUCUCUACUACCGCCUUUUACGAUGCGGGGUUGACGAGACACGCAAGGUCCUCCAGGGUCGGAGGUCAGACCCCUCCCUUGGCGUUCUUAUUGGCCGUCCCGCAGAGCCGCCAAGCCAGUGGGCUCACGCUUUCAACACGCUGAUGCCUCUCUGGCAGAACGCCGCGGGGACAGAGUCCGUCAACAGCGACGACUUUGAUCACAUGACCUCUGACCUCGCAGACCCCCUGAACGCUGAAGUUGAAGGUGUUCCUGCAGACUCACCUGCAGACUCCUUGGCGACCAAGCCCCGCCUCUCCUCUGUUGGUCUUCCAGACGCACCUGCAGACACCUUGGCGACUAGCGCUGUUGUCCCUCUUAGUUUGUUCCCGACUCUCAGCCCUCAGGAGUUUGAACGUUUGUGGGUGCAAGGUGCGGAGCACGCUGAGGAAAAGUUGGAUUUUGUGUGCCGGACAGAACACCUCCAGGGUCCAAACGUGACCCGCGUUUCGCCACAAAGCCUUCAGGCCGCCUUGCAGCUGCUAAACAUCCACACGCUGGCCUUCACGCCGCCGCGCGCGCUGCCAUGGCGGAUCUACGUGUACACGCACACGGCCGCUCCGCCCCGCACUACACUUGUCCUGGCGGAGCUGCUCUAUCAGGAGGCGGGCGCACAUGCGGCUGCUGCAGACGGCGAGGACACCGACGAUGCGGCGGCACUGGCCGAUGGCGAGGAGGAAGCCACGUUUGGAGGAGGUGAGACGGCGAGGGAAAGGGCAGACGUGAAGGAAAUACAGGUGACUUUAAAGCAGCGGCCAAGAGACGACAACGCUCUGAAGGAUGUUCUCUCUGUGCUCGCGACUGUACUUCACACGCUGUCCUGCCAGACUCCUUAAAUUCUUGUUUUAAUACCUUUGCAAAUAUACGCUAAAAAAAACUCCAUGUUUGUACGCUGCAUCAAGGGAUGGGAAUUUAUACGUUUUUUCCGGUUCCAAUUCGACUUUCGAUUCUGCUUAACGAUUCGGUUACUUAACGGUUCUCUUAUCGAUAUAUAUGUGUAUAUAU